GGAAAUCACUCCUACACAAAAGUCACCUCGUGGAGAAGUUAAAGUGAAAUCUCCGCGAAAUCAAUCGCCUCGAGGAGAAGUUUUAGCGCAAAACUCACCUCGUGGAGAUGGAGCAGCUUCAAGGCUAAAAUCAUCAAGCGGAGAAACUUCAUCUUCAACGCGACAAUCACCCCGAGGAGCAAAAGCUUCAAUAACGCAAAAAUCACCAAGAGGAGACACUACUCGAGGAAAAUCGCCAAGAGUAGAAACUUCAACGCAAAGAUCACCAAGAGGAGCACAAACUUCAUCGCGAAAUGAGUCACCUCGUGGAGCAGAAACUUCAACGCGGCAGAAAUCACCGGGAGGCGAAACUUCACGACAACAACGGCAGUCUCGACAAUCAAGAGUACGCGAGCGGAUACCCGAGGAAGUGAGGGAAGUGCUAACGCCGCCGUACUUAAGGCUAGUGAGUCACUAUCCUGUGCGGGCUAUGUUAAGGAGGUUCCCACCUUUAACUGUCAACAAACAAGGAAGAGGAUUUAUAUUUAAAGGACCACCUCGACCUCCAGUUGUACGAAGGAAACAAGGGUGGAACACUCAAUCGCUACCCAAGGUCAUAGUGAUAGUGAUUCGUCCCUAGCGUUAAGUUAGACACCGAGAGACAUGGGUAUGGACGCUGGGAAAUUGCAGAGUAUCGUCUCUUCGUUGGAGAAAAAGAAGGUUUACGAAAAUAGAGUUAGCGGAAUAAAAAAGGGCCCAGAAAAAUCAGCAGUUUCUCCGCAGCUCGUUUCUUAAGGCAGAGAUGGAUGAAAGAUACCCACGAUACCAUUUUUUCACACUAAUAGUAUUUUUUUUAAUAAAUGCCAGAAGUACAACCACAACUGUGCAUAAGUACAAUAAAUUUCAGUUAUCCGAAAGAUUAAGGUUCUUAUUUAUCCCACAACCAACAACAUAAGCAUUAAUAUAUAUUCUCUGCAUACAAUGGAUAAAUUUAAGUUACGUAGUACAACACGACCUACAAGAACUUCUUUCAUAUCUGUUCCCUUCGCAUUGGUGAUAUAUCACCAGAGACCCCGAAGACUGGAGGUGGCGCGCGAGAGUUGUUGAAGGAACUAUUUCAGAUGGAACGAGCUCAAAGGGAGCUAGAGGAACACGAGCAUGCUUUGCAGCAGCAGUUGGAUUUAUGAAGACUUUUGUGUUGAUCGUACAAGUUUGUUUUUCCAUGUUUUUACAGCUGGUGGAUCAUCUUUAUCAUUGGAAGUCCUCCAGCAGUUAUUUUUUGAGACUUGCUCUUCGAUUUAGUAGAGGAGCGGGUGCUGGUUGUUCUUGUGAGCAUCUACUUUUAAAGUAGUUUUUGACAACAUCUAAUUUCUGACGUGGAGAAAGAGCAUGCGGAGUUUCAGCGAAUGCUAGUUGAAGCAGCAAGAAAAGCUCGCGCUUCCCCAGUACAAUUAAAUUAUCUGUCAUUCUUCUCUUGAUUUGUGUCUGUAUUAAGUUGUAUUAAGUUGUGUAAGUAAGUAGAAGUACUAGUAGUAUUAUUGUUGAAACAUGUCGUUGUCGGCUGCCCGGCUGAUUUAAUGGAGUACUUCCUCUCAAAAGCACACUUCUUUUGCUAGGUUUUUGUCCAUAUCAUCCACUAUUGAGCAAGAUCUUGUUUCAUUCACCAGCGCAAGAAUCUGCUCGUAACACAGAACUCCUCCACAAAAUGACCAGGACGAGAUCGCCGAGUUGCGGCAGAACACGAAGGUUUCGCAUGAAGAGGUGAAGAGGCUUAGGGAGGAAACCAGACAUGUGGAAAUGCUAGUUCUGGCAACCAUGGGUAAGCGCAAGAUUAUGGCUACCACUCAACCAUCCUGCUCAGUAUGUUGAUCAUCCUUGGCCCCUUUGUUUGCUACUUGAAAGAGAAGCCAAGGAUGCACUCAGGGAUGGCGCCAACGCGGUAGCUCUAACAAGAACAUCGAGCGACAAUUUGAGUCUAUGAAAGUCGCCAAACAGUCGAAGAGGAGUUGAAAGAUAAUAGGGUAGUGCUUGGACAUUACGAUUACCACUAGUAAGUAGAUUUUUAGGUUUAUUCGUGUGUUGAAGGAUAGAUGAUACAAAAUCUUUGUUGGAGUAUUUGAUGAAUACUGUCAUUUUUACCACUAAAACCAUUGAGAAUUUGAUUUAUAAGUUUAUCAGAGUCAUAUUGUCAACAACAGUUUUUCUUUUUGAUGUGCCUGCCAACAUAUCUAGUCGUCGUCGUCGCUUUUUGAAAUAGAUUGAGUUAUCAAACUGGCUUUUCUUUUGCUGUUUUUUCAGAUGCAGCCUGAUGCUUAUGCCUUAUAAUUCCGAAAUAUGUUUAUUAGUAUUUGUUCGAUAUCGCUCAGCAAAUGCAAAACUAAAUUGACAGCUCCUAGUCCUGCCUGGAAACCACUGGUGGCGAUUUUAAGUAGUCCAAUUGGAGAUCUAACUACUCAUAAGUUUUUUUUGUAGGAUUUACGAUAUGUAUUAGAAUCUGUAUGAUCAUAAUCAUAAUUGGUAUUUUAGAAUUUCCGUCGUGCUGGUCACCCUAUGAAUUUCGAAAUAUUUUUACCUAGCCUCCUCGACGUGUUAAAGCUAAUAGUCCUCGUAUAUACAACGUGUACUUAAAAGAUGGCCCCUUAGUCACAGAUGGCAAGGGCGCCGCGAGCGCGACACCUGUGAGGUGAUAGGGUCGUCGCCUGCGAGGAUAAUAAUGAUAAUGAAAGUGCAGUAUGGAUCGUUAGAGUUGUGAGCUUCAAUUUGUACAAACUUGAGUGUUUUUGUUUUCGCGUUGCUUCUCAUUCAACAUCUUAGCACUUGACAUCUAAAGAUGAAUUCGUAUUCGAAUUCACCCUGUCCCAUGCGUUGUUUACUACAUUUUUAGUUUUUUAAGUAUAAGAAGUGCAUUAGGUAGAGUUACCUGGCUGUAGGCUAGAAGUCGACUUGUUUUCUUUCGUAAGAACUUGCGCUCCUUCUACAUGAAGAAAGAUGACGAAGACUAUGGGCGCGACACUAUUGUUUACUCUUUUCGGCAGUUGUGCAAAGUUAUCUCGUCAUAUAUGAACAGAUCGCAGCCUCCACAUUUGAUGACUAGAACAAGUUAACGUCUCAACGUUGAUUUGGCAGGUCACAUCGGAGACAAAUGACAUGACAAGUCAACGUAGUUAAUGCGCUGUCCCUAUCGCCAAACAUGGUGAUAAUAUAGCCAAAUGUACUUGCUAAUGUUGCACCAGUUGAUGCUGCAGUCUAAGUGUUUAUUGAAUAUUCUAUUUCACAUGGAGGUUAUUAACCUUAACAAGGAUGCGCCCAGCGCCAGCUGGCACUCACCGGAGAGAUGGCCCUCGUCCUCCCAAAAAUAUUGACUUUACGAUCCAUCCAGUAAAUGAAAAUGGUGGAAAUGAUUGACUGAUUGAUGACUCACCUAAUAUCUGCCAUAAUAUGAAGUCGAACAAGAAGAUCAAUAAAU